GCCUUUAGUCCUAGUCGGAAUCCCGUCCCGAGAGCUGUUGGUUGUUCGUUGUUAUUUUCUGUUAAAAAAAACACGUUCACGCGCUGCGGGAUUAGAGUUGGAUCGUGUGUUUGAUCGUCUCAGAGUUUGGCUGGCCAUUGUUUGAUCGAUUGAAAAGAAAAAAUCACGUGGGGGAACUUGUUUGCCAGUUGGUGGAAGAUCAACAGAGCCUGACGUCAAACGAAGAAACACAGUCUACACGAAUUUUUCCUAAGCACAGGCAUGUCCAGGCAUCAGCAGCAGUUGAGCAGCAUGCCCUCCUUGACGCCGAGUCACGAUCAUCAUCAACUAGACGCCAUUUCAUCAGCCGACCUUUCAUUACAGCAGCAGCCAAUGUCUUCUGUUGUCAAGAUGACUCCACGCCGCAAACAGGCUUACGGCGACGUCAUCAGCGAAAUGAACAACAAGACGUCGUUUGAAUCUCGGCGAAUUCAUCACGAGGAUCCUGAGAUCCACACGAUCGUUCCUUCUGGCGACUCUAAACGUGUCGUGUUGAUUUCGUCGAAAUCUCGAGGAUCUGAUUGGGACUUGACGAUGGUGAAAGACGAGCAGGACAGCAACAAUGGAGUGGAGAGUGAAGAUAGCGGCUUUCAACUGGAUGCCGAUUCGUCCAGCAUCAAGAUAAUCGCCCCCGCUCCCGUUAAUGAUGCACCCGCCGACAUGACGGUCACGACCCAAAAGAGUGGGACGACCGUGAUUAACAUCACGCCGCCUUGCAAGAUGGAGCACAGAUUACUGGAACAUUUGCACAGCACUCCAUUGCCGUCCAUCGUCAGUGCCGAAGUCGCCAGAGAUUGCCCAGAUUUAGGCAAAAGACGGACGAGUAGCGUGUUGGAAGCCAAGGAUUCCAGCAAAUCUGUCGGAGAGAUGCGUCAGCAACCCCAGGAAUUGAAUAAAGGUCCCGACCAACUUUUCCCGGCCGAUUCGUACACAACGACUUCAGCGACUGGAGCUGUCAAGCUCAAGAUUGAUGAACGAGGCAUGGCGUCUAUUCCACCGCUGUCGGUGCCGACUUUGCUGCAGCGCACCGUGGCUAGACAUAUGGAUCAUCCUGCCCUUUGCGUCAAACGUGAUGGAAAGUGGAUCAAGUGGACGUACAAGCAGUACUUGCACGAUGUGAGGGUGUGUGCCAAGGCUUUCAUCCGCUUGGGGCUGGAACGUUUCCAUUCGGUUUGUAUUUUGGGUUUUAAUUCACCCGAAUGGAUCAUCGCCGAUUUGGCUGCCAUUCACGCUGGUGGUUUCGCCGCUGGCAUUUACACUACGAAUUCGGCCGAGGCGUGUCUGCAUUGCGCCUUGAACGGGCAGGCCGACAUCAUCGUGGUGGAGGACCGCAAACAGCUGGAGAAAAUCCUUUCCAUCAAGGACCAAAUUCCGACUUUGAAGGCGAUCGUCCAGUACACCGGAAAACCGCACGUCGAAGGAGUCAUCACCUGGUCGCAAUUGAUGCAUUUGGGCAACGCCACGCCUGACAACGUCUACGAGGAUCGUUUAAAGAAGUUGGCCGUCAAUCAGUGUUGCACACUAAUCUACACGUCUGGAACGACGGGACCUCCGAAAGGCGUCAUGCUGAACCACGACAACCUGACUUGGAUUUCCCACAACCUGGCCACUUAUAUGAACUUGCGAGACGGCAAGGAUACGUUUCUCAGUUACCUGCCGCUAAGUCAUGUCGCAGCUCAGAUUACCGACAUCUACGCUCCGCUAUCUGUAGGCGGGACGGUCUACUUUGCCGAUCCUGAUGUUUUGAAGGUUUGUGUGUGUGUUGUACAAGUUAAACCGUUCAUCGAGUGGGUUUGGCAGCGCGCAUUCCUUUUGAUUACGGGGUCAUUAAAAAUGUUUGGCAAAAAUGACUGGCUCAUCAAAAUCCGUUACACUGGGUCAGGUUAAAAAAAGAUGAACGUAGCAGCAGCAGCAGCGCUGCUCUCUGUGU